GGAGAGGGUAAAGAAUAUAUGAGUCGUAUAUUAAAAUCGUUAUUAAAACUCGGACGUGAAAAAAUGUAUCUACAAUCAAUUACAUCACAAGCUUUAGUUCUUCUCGUACAAAAGUGUGUUGAUAAAGUAUAUAAGAAGAGAAUUCUACCAAAUAUAGUCGAGUUAGAAAAAGGCUGGAUAAACUGUUCUAUAGAUAGAUUGUUACUGAUUUUAGCAUGUAGUCAUUUUCAUCCUGAAAGUACGAAAGAAAUCCUAGAAAGGGACUGGAAUUAUCCGUUAAUUAGUAAGAUCAAUUUCCCAGCCAUUUUGGAUAUUUUGAAGAGCAGAAAUAGCUUAUUAGCUAAAUAG